AGUGUACAUUCUUAGAUACACGCAGAGAGGGACACACACCAACCGAGAAAGAGUGUAUUUUCCUACAGAAAAAACAGAAAAUAAAACCACAAAGGAAAAAUUAUUAAACAAAUAAAAAGACUGGUGAAAAUACAAAAACUUUUCUGUGGCUUUGGAUUCUUCUGGCAAAUCGUGCCUGCCAGCUUUGCUUGAGCAUGUCUAAACUAGAAUGUUAAUAAAUUUUGUCUGGGAAAAAAAAAUAAUAAUAAUAAAAAAAUUCGAGAAAACAAAAAAGGGCUUACCUUGAUAUUGGUUUUUUCUUUUGUGGGUGGUUUUGAGCUGAGACAGGGAAAGUGUCGGAGAGGCAGAGAAUGAGAGAGAUGAUGGAGAUUUGGAGGUGGGUUUUGGUGUUUAUGUGCAUCUGCAUUUUGGGAUGGAAGCCAAGUUCCAUCAAUGCUGCUACAGAUCCGCAAGAUGUUGCUGCUCUAAAGAUCUUAUACACUAGCAUGAAUUCCGCACCUCAGCUUACUCAGUGGAGUUCAAGUAGUGAUGACCCAUGCGGACAAGGUUGGAAAGGUGUUACUUGCUCAGGCCAACGGGUGACUGAAAUUGAUAUAUCUAAUCUUGGACUUACUGGUAAUCUUGGGUACCAGCUACAACCUUUGUCAGCAUUAACCAUCUUAGAUGUGAGCGGUAAUAACCUCGGAGGCAGUAUACCUUAUUCACUUCCUCCAAAUGCCACACGACUAAAUUUUGCUUCUAAUAUCUUUAGUGGCAACAUCCCAUAUUCUCUUAAUCAGAUUACUUCUCUUAAAUAUCUAAAUAUCAGCCACAAUCAGCUGCAGAACCAACUGGGUGAUAUUUUUGGAUCGCUUUCCUCUCUCACCACAUUGGAUCUCUCUUUCAAUUCUCUCACAGGUAACCUUCCUGAGAGUAUAAGCUCUCUUUCAAGUGUGAACACAAUGAAUCUGCAAAAUAACCAGUUUACAGGAACAAUUGACUUCCUUGCCAAUCUUCCCCUUGAAAAUCUGAAUAUUGAAAAUAACCAUUUUACUGGCUGGGUUCCUGAGCCGUUGAAAAAUAUUAAUCUGAAGAAGGACGGUAACUCGUGGAGCUCAGGGCCUGCUCCUCCACCUCCACCUGGGACACCUCCUGCAGGCAGAAAUAACCGAAAUCACAAGUCUGGUGGCAAUGAUACACCAUCAAGUGGUGGUGGUGGUGGGGGUGGCAAAUCAGGAAUAGGAGCUGGAGGAAUAGCAGGAAUAGUGAUAUCAAUCUUUGUUGUUGGAGGGAUUAUAGCAUUCUUCCUUAUAAAGAGAAAAUCCAGGAGGUCUUCCGCAGAUAUUGAAAAGCUUGAUAAUCAGCCCUUCGCUCCUCUUAAUUCAAAUGAAGUGCAAGAAAUGAAGUCAAUACAACCUCCUUACACUAUCAACACAAAGACAUUUGACACUUCUGCCUCAAUAAAUCUUAGACCCCCACCAAUUGAUCGUCACAAAUCAUUUGAUGAAGAUGAUUUCUCAAAAAAGCCAGUUGUUGUCAAGAAAACUGUCACUGCUCCUACAAAUGUGACGUCAUAUUCCAUAGCAGAUUUGCAGGUGGCUACUGGAAGCUUCAGUGUUGAAAACCUUCUUGGUGAGGGGUCCUUUGGACGUGUUUAUCGGGCUCAAUUUAGUGAUGGGAAGGUUCUUGCUGUGAAGAAAGUAGAUGCAUCUGUCCUUCCAAGCCAUCUGUCUGAUGAUUUCAUGGAAAUCGUUUCAAACAUAUCCAGAUUGCACCACCCCAAUGUAACAGAUUUGGUGGGCUAUUGUUCGGAGUAUGGGCAGCACCUGCUAGUCUAUGAGUUCCAUAAAAAUGGUUCACUGCAUGACUUCCUGCAUCUAUCAGAUGAAUACAGCAAACCAUUGAUUUGGAACACCCGUGUCAAGAUUGCUCUGGGAACAGCACGUGCAUUAGAGUAUCUACAUGAGGUUUGUUCUCCAUCAAUCAUUCACAAAAAUAUCAAGUCAGCCAACAUAUUACUGGAUGCAGAGCUCAACCCUCACCUUUCAGACUCUGGCCUGGCAAACUUUAUCCCAAAUGCUGAUGAGGCACUGGACAGCAGUGCUGGAUCUGGAUGUAGUGCACCAGAGGUUACGAUGUCUGGCCAAUAUACUCUGAAGAGUGAUAUCUACAGUUUUGGAGUGGUCAUGCUGGAGCUACUUAGUGGACGCAAACCGUUUGAUAGCUCAAAGCCUAGAUCUGAACAGUCAUUGGUUAGAUGGGCGACACCCCAGCUUCAUGACAUUGAUGCUCUUUCUAAAAUGGUAGAUCCAGCACUCAAAGGGCUCUAUCCUGUUAAAUCUCUCUCCCGGUUUGCUGAUGUGAUUGCUCUGUGUGUCCAGCCGGAACCUGAGUUCCGACCACCAAUGUCAGAAGUGGUUCAAGCAUUGGUUCGGUUAGUGCAGCGCGCUAACAUGAGUAAAAGAACGAUUGGAACUGAGCAAGGAGGAUCCCAGCGUGGUGAAAACCCAGAUACACAUGACAAUUUGUCUUGAAAUGGAAGUUAAUACGAUGAGUUUAUUUGGCUUGGUUAAGCACCAUAUUUUACCUGAUUUCAAUACUUGGUAGAAUAUGUUUGUUAAUAUUACAUAGUUGAGGUAGUUUCUUUCAUUGCUGUUGGAAAUUUGAAAAUUGAUCUGGGUGGUGGGUGCUGAAUGUCUUUUUUGAACAUUGAUUCGGAUGAAAGAUAUUUUACUUUGCCAUAAUAUUUACCAUAUCCACAAAAUUCACUGUACACCAAUGCCAGUUAUAAUAAGUGGUUAUUUUUUA